AGCUGAACCAGUUGUUCAUAUAUACGACAAGUGAUUUGCGUGUGUAAAUUCUAUUCAUUGAGCAUCUACAACAGCAUUAUUGAUCAUGUUAAAGUCAAAAACAUUUGUUAAAAAGACAAGGAAAGGCGGCGUGGUGAAAAUCGUAAGAGAGCACUAUUUGCGUGAUGACAUUUGGUGCGGAUCGUGUUUGUGUCAGGAGUGUAAACAAGAAAAACCAGUUCUUGAGUACAAGCCUGAGAUUGAGAGUGAUCUGUGUUCCUACCCACACUAUCUACUACCAGACACAAACGUGUUAAUGCACCAGAUAGAUGUUCUUGAAGAUAACAUUAUCCAAAAUGUAAUCAUACUUCAGACAGUACUUCAGGAGAUGAGAAACAGAAAUACAUCAGGCCAUCAGAGAAUAAAGGAAAUGGUAUCCAAUGACAACAAGAAAUUUUAUAUUUUCACUAAUGAGCACCACAGUGAAACCUACAUUGAGAGGGAAGCUGGUGAAUCGUCAAAUGAUCGAAACGACCGUGCAAUCAGAACAGCUGUCAAAUGGUAUGGGGAACAUUUAUCUAAACAAAUUGAAAAUAAUCCUGUAAAAAUAGUUUUACUGACCAACGAUAUAGACAACCGCAAUAAGGCAAGAGAACAGGGGCUGGUUGCUUUCACAGUUUUUGAAUAUGUAAGUUCAUUGGUGGGAAAACCAGAGCUUGUAGAUCGACUUGCAAAAAUUCACCAGGAUGAACAGAAGAGAGACCAGGAGAAUGCAGAUAUCAAAGUUUGUGGAACUCGUAAAAUUCAAUAUCCUGAACACUUGCCGCUAACACAGAUACAAACGGGCAUAACUAAAAAAUACUUACAAGGUACAUUUCAAGCAAGCAGGGAGAAUUACAAAGAGGGCUAUGUGAAUGUGAGAGGGGAGGGUGAAGAUAUGGUUUUUAUCAAAGGACUUGCUAAUCUCAAUAGAGUGGUUCAUGAAGAUGUUGUUGCCAUAGAGAUGUUCCCUAAAGAACAAUGGACUUGUCCAUCUUCUAUGAUCUUGGCAGAUGAAAGAAAAUCAACAGAAGAGGAUGAUGAAGGCAUAGAAGAGGAUGAGGAGAGCACCACUACAUCAACCAAGACAAGCACAGUCAAAGCAUUGCCAACUGGUACAAGACACAUAUUUAUUCCAGCAGAACGAAGAAUCCCAAAGAUUAGAAUAGAAACAAGACAAGCAGCAACAUUGAAAGGUCAGAGAAUCAUCGUGAGUAUCGAUGGCUGGCCGCGACAUUCCAGAUAUCCGCAGGGUCAUUUUGUGCAGAAUCUUGGUGCCAUUGGCGACAAAGACACUGAGAAUGAAGUGCUUUUAUUGGAACACGACGUUCCACAUCAGAAUUUCUCUUCUGCAGUGCUCAGUUUUCUUCCCAAGAUGCCUUGGGGCAUUACUGAUGAGGAUGUCAAAGAACGAGAAGAUUUACGUCAUCUGUGUAUUUGUAGCGUGGAUCCACCAGGAUGUACUGAUAUUGAUGAUGCGCUGCAUUGUAGAACACUAGAUAAUGGCAACUUAGAGGUUGGUGUUCAUAUUGCAGAUGUUUCUCAUUUUAUCAAACCUGGAAAUGCAUUAGAUGCAGAGGCGUCCAGUAGAGGAACUACGGUGUACUUGGUGGAUAAGAGGAUAGAUAUGGUACCAGAAUUGUUAAGUUCCAAUUUGUGUUCAUUACGUGGCAAUGAAGAGAGAUUUGCUUUUUCUGCUAUAUGGGAAAUCACAAAUAAUGCUGAGAUUUUGAAAACUCGGUUUACAAAAAGUAUCAUCAGAUCUAGGGCAGCUUUGACAUAUGAACAAGCUCAGUUGAGAAUUGAUGACUGCACUAUGAAUGAUGAUGUCACACUGGGACUACGGCAGCUCAAUAAAUUAGCCAAGAUAUUGAAGAUGAGAAGAAUUGACAAGGGCGCAUUGACCCUGGCAUCAACUGAAGUUCGAUUUAGUAUGGACAGUGAAACUCAUGACCCCAUAGAUGUUGAAACCAAACAACUCAGGGAGACGAAUUCCAUGGUGGAAGAGUUCAUGUUGUUGGCCAAUAUCUCCGUAGCAACUAAGAUACAGGAAGAAUUUCCCCAGUGUGCAUUGCUCAGAAGACAUCCAGCCCCACCGCCAUCAAACUAUGAACCACUAAUAAAGGCAGGCGAAUCAAAGCAUCCAUAUUUACUUCAUUCUUUUGCAUGCAGAUAUUCUGACAUCAUAGUUCAUAGAUUAUUGGCUGUUGCCAUCAAAGCUGACCAGUCUUAUGCAGAUCUAUUAGAUAAACAUAAAACACAGUCUGUCUGUAACAACCUAAAUUAUCGUCAUAAAAUGGCCCAGUAUGCAGGAAGAGCGUCAGUGGGACUACACACACAGCUUUUCUUCAAAGACAAGACUGUGGAUGAAGUUGGAUUUGUAUUUUUCGUCAGAAAGAAUGCACUGCAGAUACUGAUCCCAAAAUUUGGGUUGGAAGGAACCUUAUUCUUGAAAAACAUUAAAGGAGAUUCUCCAUUUGUAUUUAAUGAAGAGGAUAACUCACAGACUGCUGGGCCUUUGAAGUUCAAAGUGUUCGACCGUGUUGUGGUGCAGAUUAGUAUUGACAGGUCAAAUGUUCAACAUCAGAAACUACAACUGAAACUGGUGCAUCCAAAGGUUCCCAAUUUUAGUGUUGCACCUCUCAAGGAUGAUGAACCACCAUCAAAGAAAAGUAAACAAUCAUAAACUGGAAAUGUUAAAAACUAUAUUUGCUCUGAGAGCACCUUAUUUCAAGGUCAUACUUUCUAGAAAUUUCUUUGGCUAAUAGGUGAUUUCCCGUUCAACUGCGAGAUCUAGAUUAUUGCAUUGCAGUAGACUAAAUGUCUGCCACAAAAAUUGAAUUAUUUGAUUCUGAACUUGAACUUCUUUUCAAUAGUUCAAUGUGGAAAUGCUGAAUAUAGUGUUGAGAUGACCAUCAUCAAGUGUGUAUAGCACAUUAUUAAAUGUGGAAAUACCCCUCAAAAAUAGUUUUCGCAUUUGUUGGAACAC